AUGGACUUCCUGUGGAAUGUUCUCCCCAGCCACACAUGUGGCAACCCAGGGAGGCUGCCCAAUGGCAUCCAGCAGGGCUCAACCUUCAACCUCGGUGACAAGGUCCGCUACAGCUGCAACCCUGGCUUCUUCCUGGAGGGCCACGCCGUGCUCACCUGCCACGCUGGCUCUGAGAACAGCGCCACAUGGGACUUCCCCUUGCCUUCCUGCAGAGCUGAUGAUGCCUGUGGUGGGACCCUGCGGGGCCAGAGUGGCAUCAUCUCCAGCCCCCACUUCCCCUCGGAGUACCAUAACAAUGCCGACUGCACAUGGACCAUCCUGGCUGAGCUGGGAGACACCAUCGCCUUGGUCUUUAUUGACUUCCAGCUGGAGGAUGGUUACGACUUUCUGGAAGUCACUGGGACGGAAGGCUCCUCCCUCUGGUUCACCGGAGCCAGCCUCCCAGCCCCCGUUAUCAGCAGCAAGAACUGGCUGCGACUGCACUUCACAUCGGAUGGCAACCACCGGCAGCGCGGAUUCAGUGCCCAAUACCAAGUCAAGAAGCAAAUUGAGUUGAAGUCUCGAGGUGUGAAGCUGAUGCCCAGCAAAGAUAGCAGCCAGAAGACAUCUGUGUUAACUCAGGUUGGUGUGUCCCAAGGACAUAAUAUGUGUCCAGACCCUGGCAUACCCGAAAGGGGCAAAAGACUAGGCUCGGAUUUCAGGUUAGGAUCCAGCGUCCAGUUCACCUGCAACGAGGGCUAUGACCUGCAAGGGUCCAAGAGGAUCACCUGUAUGAAAGUGAGCGACAUGUUUGCAGCCUGGAGCGACCACAGGCCAGUCUGCCGAGCCCGCAUGUGUGAUGCCCACCUUCGAGGCCCCUCGGGCAUCAUCACCUCCCCCAAUUUCCCCAUUCAGUAUGACAACAAUGCACACUGUGUGUGGAUCAUCACAGCACUGAACCCCGCCAAGGUGAUCAAGCUUGCCUUUGAGGAGUUUGAUUUGGAGAGGGGCUAUGACACCCUGACGGUCGGGGAUGGUGGUCAGGAUGGGGACCAGAAGACAGUUCUCUACAUCCUGACAGGUACAUCGGUCCCGGAUCUCAUUGUCAGCACCAAUCAUCAAAUGUGGCUCCUCUUCCAGACUGAUGGCAGUGGCAGCUCCCUGGGAUUCAAGGCUUCUUAUGAAGAGAUCGAGCAGGGCAGUUGCGGUGACCCUGGCAUACCUGCGUAUGGCUGGAGGGAAGGCUCCCGGUUUCGCCACGGUGACACACUCAAGUUUGAGUGCCAGCCCGCCUUCGAGCUGGUGGGACAGAAGGCAAUCACAUGCCAAAAGAAUAACCAAUGGUCGGCUAAGAAGCCAGGCUGCGUGUUCUCCUGCUUCUUCAACUUCACCAGCCCAUCUGGGAUUGUCCUGUCUCCCAACUACCCAGAAGACUACGGCAACCACCUCCACUGCGUCUGGCUCAUCCUGGCCAGGCCUGAGAGCCGCAUCCACCUGGCCUUCAACGACAUUGACGUGGAGCCUCAGUUUGAUUUCCUGGUCAUCAAGGAUGGGGCCACCGCCGAGGCACCCGUCCUGGGCACCUUCUCAGGAAACCAGCUUCCCUCCUCCAUCACAAGCAGUGGCCACGUGGCCCGUCUCGAGUUCCAGACUGACCACUCCACAGGGAAGAGGGGCUUCAACAUCACCUUUACCACCUUCCGACACAAUGAGUGCCCGGAUCCUGGCGUUCCAGUAAAUGGCAAACGGUUUGGGGACAGCCUCCAGCUGGGCAGCUCCAUCUCCUUCCUCUGUGAUGAAGGCUUCCUUGGGACUCAGGGCUCAGAGACCAUCACCUGUGUCCUGAAGGAGGGCAGUGUGGUCUGGAACAGCGCUGUGCUGCGGUGUGAAGCUCCCUGCGGUGGUCACCUGACUUCGCCCAGCGGCACCAUCCUCUCUCCGGGCUGGCCUGGCUUCUACAAGGAUGCCUUGAGCUGUGCCUGGGUGAUUGAGGCCCAGCCAGGCUACCCCAUCAAAAUCACCUUCGACAGAUUCAAAACCGAGGUCAACUAUGACACCCUGGAAGUACGUGAUGGGCGGACUUACUCAGCGCCCUUGAUCGGGGUUUACCAUGGGACCCAGGUUCCCCAGUUCCUCAUCAGCACCAGCAACUACCUCUACCUCCUCUUCUCUACCGACAAGAGUCACUCAGACAUCGGCUUCCAGCUCCGCUAUGAGACUAUAACACUGCAGUCAGACCACUGUCUGGAUCCAGGAAUCCCAGUAAAUGGACAACGUCAUGGGAAUGACUUCUAUGUGGGCGCGCUGGUGACCUUCAGCUGUGACUCAGGCUACACAUUAAGUGACGGGGAACCUCUGGAGUGCGAGCCCAACUUCCAGUGGAGCCGGGCCCUGCCCAGUUGUGAAGCUCUCUGUGGUGGCUUCAUUCAAGGCUCCAGUGGGACCAUCUUGUCACCAGGGUUCCCUGACUUCUACCCUAACAACUUGAACUGCACCUGGAUCAUCGAAACAUCUCAUGGCAAGGGUGUGUUCUUUACUUUCCACACCUUCCACCUGGAAAGUGGCCACGACUACCUCCUCAUCACUGAGAACGGCAGCUUCACCCAGCCCCUGAGGCAGCUGACUGGCUCUCGGCUGCCAGCUCCCAUCAGCGCUGGGCUCUAUGGCAACUUCACUGCCCAGGUCCGCUUCAUUUCCGAUUUCUCCAUGUCAUAUGAAGGAUUCAACAUCACUUUCUCAGAGUAUGACUUGGAGCCCUGUGAGGAGCCUGAGGUCCCAGCCUACAGCAUCCGGAAGGGCUUGCAGUUUGGUGUGGGCGACACCUUGACCUUCUCCUGCUUCCCCGGGUACCGUCUGGAGGGCACCGCCCGCAUCACGUGCCUGGGGGGCAGACGGCGCCUGUGGAGCUCGCCUCUGCCAAGGUGUGUUGCUGAGUGUGGGAAUUCAGUCACAGGCACUCAGGGUACUUUGCUGUCCCCCAACUUUCCUGUGAACUACAAUAACAAUCACGAAUGCAUCUACUCCAUCCAGACCCAGCCAGGGAAGGGGAUUCAGCUGAAAGCCAGGGCAUUCGAACUCUCCGAAGGAGAUGUCCUCAAGGUUUAUGACGGCAACAACAACUCCGCCCGUUUGCUGGGAGUAUUCAGCCGUUCUGAGAUGAUGGGGGUGACUUUGAACAGCACAUCCAGCAGUCUGUGGCUUGAUUUCAUCACUGAUGCUGAAAACACCAGCAAGGGCUUUGAACUGCAGUUUUCCAGUUUCGAACUCAUCAAAUGUGAGGACCCAGGAACCCCACAGUUUGGCUACAAGGUUCAUGAUGAAGGUCAUUUUGCAGGGAGCUCCGUGUCCUUCAGCUGUGACCCUGGAUACAGCCUGCGGGGUAGUGAGGAGCUGCUGUGUCUGAGUGGAGAGCGCCGGACCUGGGACCGGCCUCUGCCCACCUGUGUUGCCGAGUGUGGAGGGACAGUAAAAGGAGAGGUGUCGGGGCAGGUGCUGUCACCUGGGUAUCCAGCUCCCUAUGAACACAAUCUCAACUGCAUCUGGACCAUCGAAGCAGAGGCCGGCUGCACCAUUGGGCUACACUUCCUGGUGUUUGACACAGAGGAGGUUCACGACGUGCUGCGCAUCUGGGAUGGGCCUGUGGAGAGCGGGGUUCUGCUGAAGGAGCUGAGUGGCCCAGCCCUGCCCAAGGACCUGCACAGCACCUUCAACUCGGUCGUCCUGCAGUUCAGCACUGACUUCUUCACCAGCAAGCAGGGCUUUGCCAUUCAAUUCUCAGUGUCCACAGCAACGUCCUGCAAUGACCCUGGGAUCCCGCAGAAUGGGAGCCGGAGUGGUGACAGUUGGGAAGCCGGCGACUCCACGGUGUUCCAGUGUGACCCUGGUUACGCACUGCAGGGAAGUGCAGAGAUCAGCUGUGUGAAGAUCGAGAACAGGUUCUUCUGGCAGCCCAGCCCGCCAACAUGCAUCGCUCCCUGCGGGGGAGACCUGACAGGACCAUCUGGAGUCAUCCUCUCACCAAAUUACCCAGAACCCUACCCACCAGGGAAGGAGUGUGACUGGAAAGUGACCGUCUCGCCAGACUACGUCAUCGCCCUGGUAUUUAACAUCUUUAACUUGGAACCUGGCUAUGACUUCCUCCAUAUCUACGACGGACGGGACUCUCUCAGCCCUCUCAUAGGAAGCUUCUAUGGCUCCCAGCUCCCAGGCCGCAUUGAAAGCAGCAGCAACAGCCUCUUCCUCGCCUUCCGCAGCGAUGCAUCUGUGAGCAAUGCUGGCUUCGUCAUUGACUAUACAGAAAACCCGCGGGAGUCAUGUUUUGAUCCUGGUUCCAUCAAGAACGGCACGCGGGUGGGGUCCGACCUGAAGCUGGGCUCCUCUGUCACCUACUACUGCCACGCAGGCUACGAAGUUGAGGGCGCCUCGACCCUGAGCUGCAUCCUGGGGCCUGAUGGGAAGCCCGUGUGGAACAAUCCCCGGCCAGUCUGCACAGCCCCCUGUGGGGGACAGUAUGUGGGUUCGGACGGAGUGGUCUUGUCCCCCAACUACCCCCAGAACUACACCAAUGGACAGAUCUGCUUGUAUUUUGUUACUGUGCCCAAGGACUAUGUGGUGUUUGGCCAGUUCGCCUUCUUUCACACGGCCCUCAACGACGUGGUGGAGGUUCACGACGGCCACAGCCAGCACUCGCGGCUCCUCAGCUCCCUGUCGGGCUCCCACACAGGAGAAUCAUUGCCCCUGGCCACCUCCAAUCAAGUUCUUAUUAAGUUCAGUGCCAAAGGCCUCGCACCAGCCAGAGGCUUCCACUUUGUCUACCAAGCGGUUCCCCGAACCAGCGCCACGCAGUGCAGCUCUGUGCCGGAACCCCGCUAUGGCAAGAGGCUGGGCAGUGACUUCUCGGUGGGGGCCAUCGUCCGCUUCGAAUGCAACUCCGGCUAUGCCCUGCAGGGGUCGCCAGAGAUCGAGUGCCUCCCUGUGCCUGGGGCCUUGGCCCAGUGGAAUGUCUCAGCGCCCACGUGUGUGGUGCCGUGUGGAGGCAACCUCACGGAGCGCAGGGGUACCAUCCUGUCCCCCGGCUUCCCAGAGCCAUACCUCAACAGCCUCAACUGUGUGUGGAAGAUCGUGGUCCCUGAAGGCGCUGGCAUCCAGAUCCAAGUCAUCAGUUUUGUCACAGAGCAGAACUGGGACUCCCUGGAAGUAUUUGAUGGUGCAGAUAACACUGUAACCAUGCUGGGGAGUUUCUCAGGAACAACUGUGCCUGCCCUUCUGAACAGCACCUCCAACCAGCUCUACCUUCAUUUCUACUCAGAUAUCAGCGUAUCUGCAGCUGGCUUCCACUUGGAAUACAAAACGGUGGGCCUGAGCAGUUGUCCGGAACCUGCUGUGCCCAGUAAUGGGGUGAAGACUGGCGAGCGCUACUUGGUGAAUGAUGUAGUGUCUUUCCAGUGUGAGCCGGGAUAUGCCCUCCAGGGCCACGCCCACAUCUCCUGCAUGCCUGGAACCGUGCGGCGAUGGAACUACCCUCCUCCACUCUGUAUUGCACAGUGUGGGGGAACAGUGGAGGAGAUGGAAGGGGUGAUCCUGAGCCCCGGCUUCCCAGGCAACUACCCCAGUAACAUGGACUGCUCCUGGAAAAUAGCACUGCCCGUGGGCUUUGGAGCUCACAUCCAGUUCCUGAACUUCUCCACCGAGCCCAACCACGACUACAUCGAAAUCCGGAAUGGCCCCUAUGAGACUAGCCGCAUGAUGGGAAGAUUCAGCGGAAACGAGCUUCCGAGCUCCCUCCUCUCCACGUCCCACGAGACCACCGUGUAUUUCCACAGCGACCACUCCCAGAACCGGCCAGGAUUCAAGCUGGAGUAUCAGGAUUUGACUUACUCCCACCAGAUUUCUUCCUUCCUGAGAGGUUUUGAUCUCUCGGAGUUGGAAAGAACCAACUCAACUCCUCCCGUCGCCGCUUCCUAUGUCUGGGAACUUGAUCCUGGUUGUGAAGCCUAUGAACUUCAAGAGUGCCCAGACCCAGAGCCCUUUGCCAAUGGCAUUGUGAGGGGAGCUGGCUACAACGUGGGACAAUCAGUGACCUUUGAGUGCCUCCCAGGGUAUCAAUUGACUGGACAUCCUGUCCUCACAUGUCAACAUGGCACCAACCGGAACUGGGACCACCCCCUGCCCAAGUGUGAAGUCCCUUGUGGCGGGAAUAUCACUUCUUCCAACGGCACUGUGUACUCCCCGGGGUUCCCUAGCCCGUACUCCAGCUCCCAGGACUGUGUCUGGCUGAUCACCGUGCCCAUUGGCCAUGGCGUCCGCCUGAACCUCAGCCUGCUGCAGACAGAGCCCUCUGGAGAUUUCAUCACCAUCUGGGAUGGGCCACAGCAAACAGCACCACGGCUCGGCGUCUUCACCCGGAGCAUGGCCAAGAAAACAGUGCACAGCUCUUCCAACCAGGUCCUGCUCAAGUUCCACCGCGAUGCAGCCACAGGGGGAGUCUUCGCCAUAGCUUUCUCCGCUUAUCCACUCACCAAAUGCCCUCCUCCCACCAUCCUUCCCAAUGCCGAAGUCGUCACAGAGAAUGAAGAAUUUAACAUAGGUGACAUCGUACGCUACAGAUGCCUCCCUGGCUUUACCUUAGUGGGGAAUGAAAUUCUGACCUGCAAACUUGGAACCUACCUGCAGUUUGAAGGCCCACCCCCAAUAUGUGAAGUGCACUGCCCAACAAAUGAGCUUCUGACAGACUCCACAGGCGUGAUCCUGAGCCAGAGUUACCCUGGAAGCUAUCCCCAGUUCCAGACCUGCUCUUGGCUGGUGAGAGUGGAGCCCGACUAUAACAUCUCCCUCACAGUGGAGUACUUCCUCAGCGAGAAGCAGUAUGAUGAGUUUGAGAUUUUUGAUGGUCCGUCAGGACAGAGUCCUCUGCUGAAAGCCCUCAGUGGGAAUUACUCAGCUCCCCUGAUUGUCACCAGCUCAAGCAACUCUGUGUACCUGCGCUGGUCAUCUGAUCACGCCUACAAUCGGAAGGGCUUUAAGAUUCGCUAUUCAGCCCCUUACUGCAGCCUGCCCAGGGCUCCACUCCAUGGCUUCAUCCUGGGCCAGACGAGCACCCAGCCAGGGGGCUCCAUCCACUUUGGCUGCAACGCCGGCUACCGCCUGGUGGGACACAGCAUGGCCAUCUGUACCCGGCACCCCCAGGGCUACCACCUGUGGAGCGAAGCCAUCCCUCUCUGUCAAGCUCUUUCCUGUGGGCUUCCUGAGGCCCCCAAGAAUGGACUGGUGUUUGGCAAGGAGUACACAGUGGGAACCAAAGCCGUGUACAGCUGCAGUGAAGGCUACCACCUCCAGGCAGGCGCUGAGGCCGCUGCAGAGUGUCUGGACACAGGCCUAUGGAGCAACCACAAUGUCCCCCCACAGUGUAUCCCUGUGACCUGUCCUGAUGUCAGUAGCAUCAGCGUGGAGCAUGGCCGAUGGAGGCUUAUCUUUGAGACACAGUAUCAGUUCCAGGCCCAGCUGAUGCUCAUCUGUGACCCUGGCUACUACUAUACUGGCCAAAGGGUCAUCCGCUGUCAGGCCAAUGGCAAAUGGAGUCUCGGGGACUCUACGCCCACCUGCCGAAUCAUCUCCUGUGGAGAGCUCCCGGUUCCCCCCAAUGGCCACCGCAUCGGAACACUGUCUGUCUACGGGGCAACAGCCAUCUUCUCCUGCAAUUCCGGAUACACGCUGGUGGGCUCCAGGGUGCGUGAGUGCAUGGCCAAUGGGCUCUGGAGUGGCUCUGAAGUCCGCUGCCUUGCAAUUACCUGUGGACACCCAGGCAACCCUGUCAACGGCCUCACUCAGGGCAACCAGUUUAACCUCAAUGAUGUGGUCAAGUUUGUUUGCAACCCUGGGUAUAUGGCUGAAGGGGCUGCUCGGUCCCAAUGCCUGGCCAGCGGGCAAUGGAGUGACAUGCUGCCCACCUGCAGAAUCAUCAACUGUACAGAUCCUGGACACCAAGAAAACAGUGUUCGUCAGGUCCACGCCAGCGGCCCACACAGGUUCAGCUUCGGCACCACUGUGUCUUACCAGUGCAACCACGGCUUCUACGUCCUGGGCACCCCAGUGCUCAGCUGCCAGGGAGAUGGCACAUGGGACCGUCCCCGCCCCCAGUGUCUCUUGGUGUCCUGUGGCCAUCCGAGCUCCCCGCCUCACUCCCAGAUGUCCGGAGACAGCUAUACUGUGGGAGCAGUGGUGCGGUACAGCUGUACUGGCAAGCGAACUCUGGUGGGAAAUAGCACCCGCAUGUGUGGGCUGGAUGGACACUGGACUGGCUCCCUCCCUCACUGCUCAGGAACUAGCAUGGGAGUUUGCGGUGACCCUGGGAUCCCGGCUCAUGGCAUCCGUUUGGGGGACAGCUUUGAUCCAGGCAGUGUGAUGCGCUUCAGCUGUGAAGCUGGCCACGUGCUGCGGGGAUCAUCAGAGCGCACCUGUCAAGCCAACGGCUCGUGGAGCGGCUCGCAGCCUGAGUGUGGAGUGAUCUCUUGUGGGAACCCUGGGACUCCAAGUAAUGCCCGAGUCGUGUUCAGUGAUGGCCUGGUUUUCUCCAGCUCUAUCGUCUAUGAGUGUCGGGAAGGAUACUACGCCACAGGCCUGCUCAGCCGUCACUGCUCAGUCAAUGGUACCUGGACAGGCAGUGACCCUGAGUGCCUCGUCAUAAACUGUGGUGACCCUGGGAUUCCAGCCAAUGGCCUUCGACUGGGCAAUGACUUCAGGUACAACAAAACUGUGACAUAUCAGUGUGUCCCUGGCUAUAUGAUGGAGUCACAUAGAGUAUCUGUGCUAAGCUGCACCAAGGACCGGACAUGGAAUGGAACCAAGCCUGUCUGCAAAGCUCUCAUGUGCAAGCCACCUCCGCUCAUCCCCAAUGGGAAGGUGGUGGGGUCUGACUUCAUGUGGGGCUCAAGUGUGGCUUAUGCCUGCCUGGAGGGGUACCAGCUCUCCCUGCCCGCGGUGCUCACCUGUGAGGGAAAUGGGUCCUGGACCGGAGAGCUACCUCAGUGUUUCCCUGUGUUCUGCGGGGAUCCUGGUGUCCCACCCCGUGGUAGGAGAGAGGACCGAGGUUUCUCCUACAGGUCAUCUGUCUCCUUCUCCUGCCAUCCCCCUCUGGUGCUGGUGGGUUCUCCACGCAGGUUUUGCCAGUCAGAUGGGACGUGGAGUGGCACCCAGCCCAGCUGCAUAGUGGUCUCAUCUGCAAAAGGGAACAUCUCCUCCUCUGAGCUUCUGCAGCAGGAUGUUGGAAGCACAGUCCUCUUCCGCUGUCAAAAGGGCUACCUGCUUCAAGGCUCCACCACCAGGACCUGCCUCCCAAACCUGACCUGGAGUGGAACCCCGCCUGACUGUGUCCCCCACCACUGCAGGCAGCCAGAAACGCCAACGCAUGCCAACGUCGGAGCCCUGGACUUGCCCUCCAUGGGCUACACGCUCAUCUACUCCUGUCAGGAGGGCUUCUCCCUCAAGGGUGGCUCCGAGCACCGCACCUGCAAGGCGGAUGGCAGCUGGACAGGCAAGCCGCCCAUCUGCCUGGAGGUCCGGCCCAGUGGGAGACCCAUCAAUACUGCCCGGGAGCCACCGCUCACCCAAGCCUUGAUUCCUGGUGAUGUUUUUGCCAAGAAUUCCCUGUGGAAAGGGGCCUAUGAAUACCAGGGGAAGAAGCAGCCAGCCAUGCUCAGAGUGACUGGCUUCCAAGUUGCCAACAGCAAGGUCAAUGCCACCAUGAUUGACCACAGCGGCGUGGAGCUGCACUUGGCUGGAACUUACAAGAAAGAAGAUUUUCAUCUCCUACUCCAGGUGUAUCAGAUUACAGGGCCGGUGGAGAUCUUUGUGAAUAAGUUCAGAGAUGAUCACUGGGCUUUAGAUGGACACGUCUCGUCAGAGUCCUCCGGAGGCACCUUCAUCUACCAAGGCUCCGUCAAGGGCCAAGGCUUUGGGCAGUUCGGCUUUCAAAGACUGGACCUCAGGCUGCUGGAGUCAGACCCCGAGUCCAUCGGUCGCCACUUUGCUUCCAACAGCAGCUCGGUGGCAGCCGCGAUCCUGGUGCCUUUCAUCGCCCUCAUCAUUGCGGGCUUCGUGCUCUAUCUCUACAAGCACAGGAGAAGACCCAAAGUUCCCUUCAAUGGCUAUGCUGGCCACGAGAACACCAAUGUUCGGGCGACGUUUGAGAACCCAAUGUACGACCGCAACAUCCAGCCCACAGACAUCAUGGCCAGCGAGGCGGAGUUCACAGUCAGCACAGUGUGUACAGCGGUAUAGCCACCCAGCCUGGCUGCCACCACCGCCACCGAGAGCCCCGCCUCCAGCAGCCGUUCCCCAGGGGGCAGGAAGUAGGCUCCCCUGAGCACAGUGCCCAGUGCCCAUCUUCGUUCGUCUCUCUGCCUGUGUCUGCUACUGCUGGGACUCGGACCCUCGCCCUGCCGCCAUCUAUGCCCGUCACCCUGGAGAGGACUCCUGCCGUGUCCUGAAAAGGCAGAAAAGGAAGAGGGGUUGCAGAUGGAGGAAGA